UGGUUUAAGUUUAAUGAGAUGAGGUAUUUCAAUCUCAUGAAAUUAAAGCUGCUAAUCAUGCUGAUUGCUAUCAUUAUUAUCAUACUCAUGCUUUAUGAGUAUGAUUAAAAUGCUGAUUUGACAGAACAUCAUGAUCAUCAUGCAGCAAAGAGUGCCCAGACCAUUGCUAUGUAGUCCUUUAUUUAAUUCUAUGAUGAAUCUAGGCUACUUACAUUUUAUAUAAUUACUAUUAAAAAUAUAUUCUAAUUCAAUGUUUAUCUAAUUUAUCUAAUUACUAGAUUGUCUAGGUCUACAAUAGAAUAUCUACUUCAAUGUUUAUCUAAUUACUUGAUCUACAAUACAAUCUACUAUCAAAUAUUACUCAAGAAUUAUUUAAGAUUUUCCAUUGGAUUAUUCACUUACGCACCCACAUUCUUUUAUCUGAUAUCAUGCCAAGACAAAGAAAAAGAAAGCUUUCAUCCUGUACAAAUGUUGAAGACACUAUUUUGUACAAAUUCCUUUAUGAAAAUUUUAAUUAUUCUGAACUUUCACCAGAUGACAAUAAUAAACUAUGCUUAAAAGGACAUGUCCUCCUAAUUUAUAUGCAAAAUCAGUCCUCCCAAACAUCCACAGCAGAAAUUGUUGCUUCAACUUUUGGAUUCCCAUUUAAUCCAUGUUUAAUUUCAAAAGUUCAUUAUUUAACUGAAUGCACCAUUGCAAAGUAUAAAAGUAAUGUAACAAAAUAUUUGUCAGAAAUUUAAAACAUUUGCUAUCAAAUAUUUUACCAGUUACCUAGCACAACUGCUCCUAACUCUGAUUUAACUCCAACAAAAGCUAUACAACCAACUGAAAUAAAUCCUGUUUCAUCAAAUUUAAGAAGCAAUGAUGAAUUAACCCCUCGUAGAAGACAUUUAAAAAGACGACUUUCUUUUGUGUCCCAGGCAAGAAGUGAAGACAAGAAUAAAUAUAGGAAAAAAAUAUGUUUAUUAAAAUCUCAAAUUAACUCUCAGCCUAACCUUAUUAAAAAUCUUAGACGGUCUGUUCACCGAAAAAAUGAGAGGAUUAGUCACUUGUUAAAAAAAUUGCACAAAUAUGAAAUUGAUUCUGGCAAACGUUUUUUAAAAUGUAAAAAAUGUAUUUGGCAAACAAAAAAGCAUCAAGAGAUAUUAAAGAAAAUGAAAUCAUCAUUUAAUAAAGAAUUGGCUGUGAAGGACGCUAUCAUAACAUCUCUUCAAAGUGAUAAACUACUUCUUGAAAAUGAACUUAAAGAACUAAAAGAAAAUAAAGCUAGGUCCCUUAAAAAAAAUAAUAAAACAUAUGAUGUUAUGACAAGGUUAAUGUUUUUUAAUUGUCUUUUAUACCAGGCCCCAACCUCUUCCAUCUCCCCUAUAGUUAGUAGUUUAUCACAGAGAUUGGGUGUUCUUCUUGAUUGCGUCCCUCACAGAACAUCAGUAGACAACUUUGUAAGAGAACUUGGUGUUAUUUCAGACCUACAAGCCGCUGAAGUUGCCAUGAAAACACCACAUCUAACUCUUGGGUUUGAUUCCACAACCCAAGAGGGUGUACUUGUCAAUUCAGUACAUCUCACCACUCCAACUGAUACUUUUGUUAUAGCUUUAGAUCAGUUGAGUGGUGGGAGGGCUGAGGACUAUGAAAAACACUUAAUUGAAUCAAUAAAAAAUUUAGCAUAUGCUUACUCAGAUUUUCAUAAGAUAGAGUUUUCCACUUGUCAUAAUGAAAUUAUCAAAAAUAUUUCCAACACUAUGUCAGACCGGGCAUCAGUGAAUCAUGCUUCCAUAGUUAAAUUAAAUGCAUUAUGGGGUAAAACCUUAAAUGAACUUAAUUGCCACCUGCACCCACUUGAUAGUAUUUCAAAAGGCUGCAGGUUGGCACUUAAGUCCCUGCAGACAGAAAGGAGCAGCCUUAUUGGGAGUGACUGCAUAGCAGGCAACAUUGUCUUACAAAUAGACAAACUCAGGUAUCGAGAUGGAAAGGGUGACCCCAAAAAUUUUAUUUCCUUUCUACUUAAUGAAAAUUUACCGAAGGGCCUUAUUCCACGGUAUAGGGGAAAUCGUUUGCAUGUGUUUUUCCAUACUUGUGGAAUAUUGGUCCUUCAUUAUGACCAAAUAUUAUCAUUUUUAAAAUCCCCUGCCCUUUCCUCUGGAUCGCUGAUAAGUUGCCUGCACAGUGACCUCAAUAGUGAAACUGGGAAGAAACAACUUUUUGUUAUGGGUAUGGUAGGGAAACUGCUGACAAGCCCUUGGAUGAAAAAAUUUUACAUUGCGCCUGGUGCGCAAGCUGUUUCUCAUCUUGGGGCUGUCACAGUCAUUAAAGAAGUUCUAGCCCAAGUAGAUCAAUGCCUUAGUAAUCCCUUUAGUAUUUUUACAAGAAACCUAGACUUCUUUGGUGAAAUCCUUGAUGUUAAUGAUCCCAUACUGGAGGUUCUUUUGCUCUGCCCUCAAGAUAAGGAAGUUGAAAACAUGAUAAAAGCUAGUCUGUCUUCUAUUGCAGAAACUAUCAAUAGGCAGUAUAAAAGGUAUCUUAGUAUGAAUGUGUCUGAUCUGAUGAGCACCCAGACAGAAUCUGCUAGGCUACAUAACAUGGAUUCUGAAGAGGUGAUUGGCAUGUUUAGUGCAGCCAAGAAAAAAGCACCAAAUGCAACGAUGUGCUACAUGUCCUCUAGAAUCCGUUCCCUAAAGAACAGAACUGUAGCCUAUCUAGAUUCUCUGAGUGUCUCAGAUAUGACUGAAAGGGUGACUUGGGCCAUUGGUGUCUCUCGCAGUAGGAGGCAGGCUAAUCGAGUGAGGACGUCAGAGGUGACUAAGGAGAUUGCUCUGAGGGCGGAGCAAAAAAACCAGGAGACAGAACAGAAAGAAAGAAAGAAAAUUGAAAAACUUUUAAGACAAGACAAUUACAUUGACAAGAUUAAGGAACUGAUUACUAACGUGACUGAACAGACUUGGAUGGAUGUGCAGGAAUUGUUAUCUGGAAAUGUUAUUGACAGGUUGAUCUGUCACUAUUGGUACAGUGCAGGCCCUGUAUUAUAUAGUGGCAGGGUAAAGGGACUGAAAAAAGGAAUGAAAGAUGUAUAUUUGGUAAAAUAUUGGCUGGAUGAUGAGGAUGAGAGUAGAGGGGUUGACUAUGACAUGAGCAAGUAUCAGCUUGCCUGUGACAUACUGUUCAAAGACUUGACAUUACUGUAGAAUAGUAUUUGUUAACAUCAAGGAUUUUUCCCUACCCAUUGACAAAAAUGUUCCAGUUUCACUUCUGUCUGACUAACAGGGAUUCUUUAUAAUUGGGUGGUAAAACAAUUCACAUACUAAUAUAACACACUAAUAAAUCUGUUAGCUAAUCAUCAGUGACUAAUACAUUUCACUAAAAUAAAUACUUUUAUAAAAUUUUCAAACUGUAAAGUUUAUGUCAUUAAUUUUAAACAUAUUCUAUACUAUUAUAAAAUUAACUAGAGGUAAACAUAGUCUUAAUCCUUUUAUACUAUUUUUUUUUAAGCUUUGAAAUAUUUAAAAUAAAAUAGUACCUUAAUAAAAAAAAAUAUGUAAAUAAAACUAUCCAAUUAUGAAGAAUGUUCAUUAAUUUUUUAUUUUUUUUUGUUGUUGUUUUCAACAGAAAAGUAAAUCCCCUAUUUCUGUAAAUUUGUAACAAAACAUUUGUGUUGGGAUUUUUUUUGAUAAUUUGAUUAUUAUUCAUUUUCUUCAUGCAACUAUAAUUUUUAAAAUUAUAAAACCUACAUAUUGUUUAAAUUUGUUUUCCCAUUGCAUCACAUGUAAUACUGCAAAGUUUAAAAUUAAUAAUGCUACCUUAUAAGUGUUUCUCUAGUCCUCCCAGUAGAUCUGAAAUAACACCAGUUGUUGUCUACUUGUACUUUACAUUUUUUUUUAUUGCGCUUUUUUUUCUAACACACUAUUUUGUUUUAUAUCAUCUAAUUAAAUAAUUAUCAAAUUUAAUAAAGCCAAUUAACUAUUUUUCUUAGCUAUUUUUACUAUACAUGGUACAUCAUCACUUUUUAUAUACUGUUUCAUUUUAAAAUUGUAUUGAUGGUUCAUAAACAAUUAAUUUAAAUAAUGUGUAAUGUAAAGCCAUAACUUAAAAUUAAAAUAUUUAAUAAUUUUUAUAAAUAAUAAUAUUAUUAGUUUUAUAAAGUUGUCUUCACUUCAAGUUUGUGACUGUAAAGAUAUGCAAACUUUCCUUUUUAUAUUCAUGUGUACCAUUCAAUAUUAUGUUUUUUCAAACACAAAUCAUCAUAUUUCCUAUUAACCUUUUAUCUCUCAAACAUUUAACUAUCAUAAAAAAACAACACUUUUUUUCCAAUCCAUUUAUCAUUAACCCUUCAUUAAAUUACACAUUUAACCCUUCAUAAAUUCCCACAUGUGCCUUAUACUUUCAUGAUGUCCUUCAACUACUUGCAUGUAAUCAGAGUUCCUUCGGCACCAUUUACUUCAUCGUCAUCCAUUACAUAAUAACUUGCAUGUCAUCAGAGUCACUACUGCACCAACAAAUAAGCCACCAUUGACUUCAUCAUCAUUAUGUGCUGCUUACUUGCAUGAUAUCUGCUUUGCUACGCUUGUAACAAAAAGAAGCCACCAUUUACUUUAUCGUCAUCCAGUACACACAAACUUGCAUGUCAUCAGAGUCACUACGGCAUCAACAAAUAAACCACCAUUGACUUCAUCAUCAUUUUAUGCUGCUUACUUGCAUGAUAUCUGCUUUUCUAUGCUACUAACACACAGAAGCCACCAUUCAUUUUAUCGUCAUUCAGUACUGACUAAUUUGCAUGUCGAGUCCCUAUGUCACUAACAAAUAAACCACCAUGGGCUUCAUCAUCAGUUGGUCGAACUUAAUUUCUAUGUUAUCGCAUUCAUCUUCUACGUUAUCAGCACAAAUCCAGCAAUCGUUUAUGCCUUGCCAUCUUACCAUGCUAUACUUAAAAAUUAACAUCAUAUUAUCAAUUUCCAAGAAAAAUGUAUGUAAGUAAUUAAUUUUUUUUCUAUACAAAAUGAUUUUAAGUUUUUAUUUUUUUUAAAAUAUACAUGAAUCUAAAGAUAAAUUUGUUUAUCACAUCUAAAGUUUUAUCUUUAUCUUGGUGUUGUUUUUAGAUGUGCUAUAAAAAUGAGUGAUGGUAUGCUUCAUUGAUUUCAUUGUUAGGCCUAAAUUUAAUUGCAUCAGAAUUUUUACAUUUCUGAAUGGUUAGACUUAUUUCAAUAAUCUAAAUAUCAUUGGAAGGAUCUUGACAAGUAACAUUUAAUAUAAAAAAAAAUAUUAUAAUGCCAUGUUGAAAUAUAAAAAAAAAUUAUUUAAAUUUUAUGAAAAUGAAUAUAAUUUUAUUCACUUUGAUUUAUUUUGUUCAUUAUGUUGGUAACAGUAUAUGGUUCUUAGUGGUGUGAUAAAGAUUAGCAAAGUGUCACGCAUUUUCGUUCAAUUUUAAGAAAACCUCACUUAGUGUUGAGUGAAAACGCGUUAAAAAAAUUUGUAAAAAAUUAACCGUUUGGCAUAUAGCAAUAUUCUAUAUAUCAUUGGAAAGCUCAGGAUAAGUGCUUCACUUAUCUGUUAUCAACAUUUUGUUAAAAUAGAAAGAUAAGAACAUUUUAUUACAAAAAUAAAUAAUGAGAACCUCAUAUUGAGUUGGUUAAAAUUAAAAAAAAAAAAUAUAUAUAAAUAAACUGUAUUAAAAACAUAAAUACAUUUAUUAAGCACACCCUAAGCUUUAUUUUGAUAUAUAGAUUAUAGCAAUGUGAUAAAAAGUAGCGAAAUGGUACACAUUUUUGUUCAUUUUUUCAGAAAAUCUUGUGCCAUGGUUUCCCAUUGCUUCAAUGUUAAGUGAAAACGCGUCAAAAUUGUGUGUAUUUUUUUAUCUAUUGGACCCAUAAUAACAUUCUAUACCUCAUUGGAAAGCUCAGAACAAGAUCUUUAAUAAUUUAUUAUCCAAAUUAAAAAAAAAAAAAUUUCAACAAUUUUGUCACAUACCUAUAUAUAUAGAUUCUAGAUCUAGAUCUAAUAAUUAGGCUAUUAUAAUAUAGAUCUAUAAUUAUAGACAGUACUAGAUCUAGAGUCUAUCACUAUUACUUAGAUCUAGCUGAUAGAUCUAAUGUAGAUACCUUGAAAUUAUUUAAGAGAAAUUCGAACGUCAGCCACUAAAAACUUUGUCUAGAUCUAGAGCUUCGUCGCUAAAUGUAAAUCUAGCAGACGCGAAUCAACAACAGUGCUUCCCCUUUAUAGGUUCUACCUUUUUUUCUUUCUUUUUUUUUUUAUUAGACACUAGAUUUUGAGUUUAGAUCUACCUAGAAUCUUAGUUUCUAGAAUAAGAACUGUUCUAGAUCUAUAUAGAUCUGGGUGUAUUCUACUAUUCACGUUUUGCUUUUAAUGUAGGCCUAAAAAGAAUGCGAAGAAGAUAUAAGGGAAGAAGAAACCCAAACGUAUAAUUUUUUUUUAAAAAGCAAAGCGAAACCCUGACUGAUAGAUCCAUAUAGGGCCUAAGCCUAGAAUCUAGUCAGCGGCAACUACUUCAAUUCAUGAAUCCCUGUAACCGGCACACUCGCAUAUUCUGAGUAUUUAGCAGAACAAUUAGCUUUUUUUUUUAAAAGAGUGAUUUAGCGUAGUUCGAGGAACUCUUAUUGAAGCCACGCGGAACACUAGACCUAUGGUUCCACCCACUAACACACUUUGAGAUAUAUGCAUGUAGAUAUAUGCAUGUAGAUCAUGAUUCUAUAAAGUAAAGUCGACCAUGGAACUAUACUAAUGGAACACCAGCUUCGAGAUUUUAUGAUCAGAGUGCCGUCGCGCAUCUUUUUUCGCGCACCAUACCAAUUUGAAAAAUCGAUGAGGAUGCCAAAGAAGAAAUUUACUCCGAGAGCCACUUGGAUUGACCUUCAUUGAGAGUAAAACUUCCCCACACUAUAUUUUAUUAGAUCUGUAAAAACUUUAUCCAUUUUCUGACUAUCUGAUAAAAUAGAUACAAUUUCCCUGAAUAAUGGAUCGUCACAAAAGAUUUUUUUUUAAGGCCACUUCAUUAAAAUAGGUGUUUCCAGUACUUCCUCAUUUGGGUAUUUUACACAAAAUCUGGAUUUUUUUAAUGUACAUGUCAUUUUUAUCAUCUGUCCCGCGCAACCAAAGCAUCCACUUUUCCCGUUCACCAAUGUUCUUAACAAGAUAUCAAGAGAGAGAGGCUGGUCCAUUAUUUGCGUAGUCCAGCCAGCUUUUUUUUUUACUACCUUUUUUCGUUCUCUCUCAUGAAGGAUAUGUUUUGAAAAUUAGUCUUACAAAAUACAAUUCCAAACCAACUCAUGCAGUUAUCGUCUUUUCACAGUAUUGAGGAGUCAUCCUUUUUGCUAGCCAGAGUGUUAAUUGGCAAAAGUGAAAAAUUCAUUUUCUUUAAUUUUUUAAAUUAUUAACAAGUAGAACCAUGGCAACCAGUUCUGAUGAUGUACCAGAAUGGCUCAAGGAUCAUACUUAUGCUAUUUCUACUCUCUGGGCAUCCAUUCAAUAUUUAAUUUAUGUUUGGAAAUGCAAGAAAAAAGCAUGCAUUCCUGAAAAGUCAAUGAUUGGUUGCACCUCUUAAAGGUAAGAUAACUUUCUGUUAUGAGAAAAGAUGAGAUUCUUGGACUCCUGCAUAGCACCACCAGAAAGGAAAAUCCCAUCAUGUUGCAAAAUAAAAGUCUUGGACCAAUUUUAAUUUAAGAUAUAUAUAUUAUACUGUAAGCUGUAUACAUAUUUAUGUAUAUCCUGUCAUUCAGCCAACAGGUUUGGAUUUAGUAUUUCUUUAAAUCUGUUUAAUAUUGUACUUGAAAACUAUUAAUCUGAGCCCCAUUAAAACAAGAGGGAGUGCAGUAGAUGAGUGGUAAGGGAAAUUUUACUUUUUUAAAAUUAAAAUAAGAAUCUAACAAAAGUAAACAUAUAAAAUAUGGUGCAUUCUCCUUAAAACUAAAACCUGGUGCAAAGGUUUAAAAUGUUGGCAUAAAAAAAACAACAUCAAUUAAAUAUUAUUAAUUCCCUUUGCAAAACUUACUGAGAAGAACAUGCAUGUUGUUCCCUCAUAAGUUUCUUGACAGAGGAAAUCUUGUUUAUAUUAGAUUUGAAUUAAGCAAAUUAAGAAAAAAAAUAUAAUCAUUAUUUCAAAUGGUUGUAUCUAAACCUUAUGAAUUAUUUUUCAGUUAUAAGUAUAUUGAAAUGAAUGGAUAAUCAUGAAAUUGUUAAAUAAUUGCUGCUAUCAUUCCAUUGACUAAAGAACCAUAAUUUUUUUUUAAAAUUAAUUUCAAAAUUAAUUAAUUAAUUAAUUUUCAAGCAGAGUUCACAUAGAUCUUGAGUGAAAUUUUUCUUUUUUUGACUAAUGCUUCAAUUUUAUUGUAUCAUUAGUUUUUUAUUUUUAUUACCCAGAAUAUUUUAAAAAUGAGUACACUAUUUUCAUGUAAUAAUGUAACUUGGUAUUCACACAUCAAAAUACGCUAUAAUCUUUAGGCCAUAUAGAUUUGUAUAAAUAUAAAUUAACUUGCUUAAAUACAUUGUAAAUGUAUAUUGUUUGGAUAAGAAUAAAGUUUUUCUGUAGACAA